UUAGAACAAAGCAUUAGUUCCUUUUAUGCUUGGGAAAGGAGUAAUGAGCCGAGAGGAAGUAUUAGUGGAGAAGGCAAUGGAAAGUUGUGCUUUUCGAACCGUCAUGAGUGGAGUCGCUGGUUACGGAUUUGCAGCAACCUCGAGCAUUAUGAUGGACUCUGAUAACAGACUGUUAAAAGAGCAAUGUUUGCCUGUACAGUACCGUGAUAAAAGUCACUGGACAAAUGGUACUUUAGCUGGUGGAAUAGUUGGUGGUGUUAUUGAACUACGAGCUGGUCCUUGGGCUGGUCUUUGGGGUGCAACUGGAUUUGCUGCUUUUUCAACUUUGCAUUUGUUGCUUGAUUACUAUUUCAGAAUGUAGUUUUAUUAAAAUUUUGUUUCAAAUUUUGUGUUU